CUUUAGACGACUCAAUAUAUAUAUAUAUGAAAGCAAGCUGGCGACAUCUCGUGUGACCAGCUCAACCUAGAUAAACGUUCGAUUCUGUCCGCUGAACUCUGUCUUCCUCUUCAACUCGGGAUCGAAUCGAAAGCACGCAAUCUAACCCUUCAGCUUCGAGCUACAGUACACCCAACAUUCAAGAUGGAUCAUUCACACAUGGGACACUCACACAUGGAUCACGGCGGCAUGGACCACGGCGGCAUGGGCAGCGGCGAUAUGUGCUCAAUGAGCAUGCUCUUCACCUGGAACACCAACAACCUAUGUAUCAUCUUCCGCUGGUGGCACAUCCGUACCACGCCCGGGCUGAUCUUCUCCCUCCUUGCCGUCGUCGCUCUGACAGCCGGAUAUGAAGCCAUACGAUCCGUGUCCCGACGCUACGAGGGAUGGGUUGCGAAGAGACAGGAGGAAGUGCCCAGACGCAACCAGGUUGAGGUUACUAAGCGGGCGCAUGUUAUCAAGGCGUUGCUGUAUGCCUUUCAGAACUUUUAUGCGUUUAUGUUGAUGUUAUUGUUUAUGACUUACAAUGGAUGGGUGAUGCUGGCUGUCGCGGUCGGGGCAUUCGUGGGCUACUUGGUCUUUGGAAACAGCACCUCGUCAACGAAGGAGACAGCUUGCCAUUAA